AUGCAGCUUCAGCCGCCCCUGCCCAACUCACGCCCUGACCUGCUGUAUGCAUAUGCACCCAGCCCCGCCCCCGAGUCCAAGACUGCUCAGCCAGCCCUAGUCAGUGACAAGGAUGCGGCACAAAAUGCCGAUAUGUCUACCAAUGACCAAGAGACGAAAGAAGCCUCCCUGCUGGAAACCGACAACAAAGCCAACGAGGCAAGUCCAGAUGCAGUUUCCGUGCAAAAUCCCGGAACGGCUGCGUCGCAGGACGAUGGGAGAGCAGACAGCGGCCCAUCGCCAACUAGACCGAGCGAAGGUGCACCGGCUCAAGACAAGCAGGCCACAUCAGGGGAUGACGAGGCUUUAGCAGAUGAUCAAUCUCAAGCCACUGAGCGUCCAACCUGCCCCACUCCCAUUACUGCCGCCAAAGCCUCAGCCCCCGCAAAUGAGGACAUGGCCCGAACAAAAGACUCCGUUGAACCCGAUGAGGAGGUUGUGCUCAAAGCUGAUGCUCAGUCAGACCCUCACAAGCCGACAUCGACUGACGCAUCCAAUAAUAAGCAGGGUACUCCGACGGUUAGUGUUGUCGAGCCCUCAGAUCAGGCACAGCGUGGUGACGCCACGGCACGUUCCCCAAGUCAUAGCAACGGCCGGGCUUCCGCCAAUCCGGACGAUGUCGCGCCAGCCUCGUCAGCUCGCCCCUCUUCCCAGCCUCGUCCCAUCGAUGACGGGCAGCUGAGUGAGAUUGCUACACGAUCUGACCUUGAUGUCCAGGUCGCCGCUGCACAGGCUCCAGCACGGUCCGAUGGAUCAGGUCGCGAAUCAGCACCCCGCCCUGCUGCACCCACAGUCAUGGAAAUGGUGUCUGGACCCGAGAACAGUGCGAGCAAGCCAUCCAAGAGUGAAGCAGCCUCUCAGCGCAAACCAGGGUUGGACUCAGACGAUCACAACACUGACACCAGCAGUAAUGCGUCUACGAAAAAGCAAGAGCACCCGGCCGCCGAGCACCAAAAAUCGCGCAAGUCACACAAGAAGCGGCGCCACAAACAUGAGGCCGAGUCACAAACGCGGCCACUGGGCCAGGCAGCCCUCAACUCGAGGCAGGUAGCAACCCACUCUGAAGAACCGCGGGGCGAAGCCAGCGGUAGUGCCAAAGGCACCACGAAAGCCACCAAAUCUGCAGAAACAGCGACAAGCAGGGCCAUUUCAGCUGACAAGGCCGGUGGCACCAAGGCCGCGAAGACUGGCAAGCGUCAGACCAGCGCAACGGCCAAGGCCGAUGACAAAGCCGACAAAGCACACGACUCGCGUCGUCCCCAAAAGGAUGGCGAAGGUGCUGAACGGCCAGCCAAGGCCGGAAAGCGAAACAACGGUUAUGAUAACGACAAGGAUGAUUACAUUAUCAAAGUGGACGAAGUGCUGUCCAAUCGUUAUCGUGUUGCUUCGCAGCUUGGAAAAGGAAGUUUCGGUCAAGUGGUCAAAGCCCACGAUCUACACUCUCAGCGCGACGUUGCCAUUAAGAUCAUCAAAAACCGCAAGGCCUUUGAGCGCCAAGCAUUCACGGAAAUCGCUUUGUUGCGGGAGCUUAACGAGCGGGACAAGGACGAUGAAAUGAAUAUCGUCCGCUUCCACAGCUACUUUAAGCAUCGCAAUCACUUGUGCCUCGUGUUUGAGUUGCUGAGCUACGAUCUUUAUGAGCUUAUCCGCCGCACCAAGCAUCAAGGCGUCUCCCUGCGUCUUGUUCGCAAGUUUGGCUAUCAAGUUCUCAAGGCCAUCAAAUUUCUUAGCACAUGUGGCAUCAUCCAUUGUGAUUUGAAGCCAGAAAACAUUCUUCUGGUUUCACCCAAACGCAGCAUGGUUAAAGUCAUCGACUUUGGCAGUAGCUGCCGGGUGGAGAAGACCGUGUAUCAAUACAUUCAAUCACGCUUCUAUCGCUCGCCUGAGGUCAUCCUCGGUCUUCCCUACUCUGUCAAGAUUGAUAUCUGGUCUCUCGGCUGCAUUUUAGUUGAGCUCCUCGUGGGCCAGCCCCUCUUCAACGGCAAGAACGAACUCGAUCAGAUGCAUAAGAUGGUUGCGGCUUUGGGCAAGCCACCUAACAGCAUGCUACGAAAAGCGAAAAAGCGCAACAACUUUUUCGAGCAAAAGUCUGGUAGCACAUACGAGCUCCUGCCCAACGAGGAGGAUCGGGCACCACCCACCAUUACUUCAGUCACCGAUCUUAUCAACGGACAUUACAAAAAACGAAAUGGCCACAAGGAGGCCACGGGUCAUGAGAAGGAAGAUGUGGAGCAAUUUUUGGAUCUUGUGCAAAAGAUGCUUGUUUACGAGCCCGACAAGCGCAUUGACGCGACCACUGCCUUCAAGCACCCCUUUUUCAGUCGCUACCAUGAGCGUGAUGAAUCCGGCGCCGAUCAGACGGCUGGCGGGCCAUCUGCGGUGGCAGCUUCACAAGCAGCGUCCAAACGAUCGGCCUCAGCUGCGCAUGAGGAAACCGCCGUUGAAGGGAGCGGUGUGUCAGUGAACCCUGCCACGGCUCAAGGCAACAUUGGAGCCACGGCACCUGCUAGUAUGGCGACUACUACACCACAGCAAGUCUUUAUGAUGCCUCCUCAAUGGUCACAGAUGAUGGCGCAAGGUCAGCCUUCAAGCAUGCAGAGCAGCAGCACAAAUGCCGGACAGUAUGGUGGUAGUGCAAUGCCAUAUAUGUCAGGCAUGCCCAUGAUGGCUCCUGGCAUGAUGUCUGGUAUGCAUCCAAUGAUGAUGAUGAUGGCCUACAUGAAUCAGCAGCAAAUGCCCAACGGCAUGGGCAUGAUGGGCUCGAAUCCCAUGACCAUGGGUGGUCCCAAUGGAUCUGCAGCUGCGGCCAUGGCGGCCCAGCAGAUGCAAGCGGCACAGGCCCACGCCCAGGCGCAGGCCCAGGCCCAGGCCCAGGCCCAGGCCCAGGCGCAGGCGCAGGCGCAGGCGCAGGCCCAGCAGCAAAACCAGCACAGCCAAGCCUCCGCAGCGGCUCAGCAGCGACUCAUGGAAUCUGUCAAGAGCAAAGGAGCCGAGGCAAAGACCUCAAGUGGUGGACAACAUGGCUUUGCUCAUCCACUCUUGAUGAUGCCUGGUGCUGGCAUGGGUGAUGCUGCAGGUAGCAGUGCCCAGCAUGCUUCGGGUGCAAGUGGUGGCAUGCGUAUGGGGAUGGACUCGAACGGGGCCGCUCAGUUUAUGCCCCCUCAUAUGAUGGGUGGAGGUGCACCAGCUGGCAUGUCCAUGGAUAAUGCCAUGGCCAAUGCCAUGGCUGUAUUUCAACAGCAGCAGCUGCAGCAGCAGCUGAUGCAGCAGCAACAACAACAGUUGCAGCGGCAGAUGCUUCAGCAGCAACAGGCACAGCAGCAGCAAGCCCAGUUCCAGCAAGCCCAGUCUGGCGCACCUAGCGCUAAGAAGUCGCGUCGAGGCGAUCAGGGUUCGAAUUGA